AUGUCAGCUUCAGACAGGUUGUACAUGAAGUACAAGGACAUGAUCGACUUUGAUAAUCUUCCCGCGUCCAUACUCGGCAUGGACAACUUCCACCCCGUCUCACCCCUCCGCCUCGGACAUUCGAAGUCCGCCGAUCCAGAGAAGCCUUCGAUUUUAGAUCUUCCGGGCGAGCUCCGCAAUCAGAUCUUUGCUUACCUGGUCACAUUUCCCUUUCCAGUGAACGUGGAGUUCGGCACUCACUAUCGCAUGUUCCUCAGAAGAGCCGAUCGGCUUCGUUUUGCUACUUGGCUCUUCCCUCCUAUUGACCUCUUCAGGUCAUGCCGAACGCUGUAUCGCGAAGCGGGUACUAUGCUCUACUCGAACAACACGUUCCUGUUUUCGCGCUAUUUUCCCAAUGAACACAACGAACAAGACCUACCUGGUUCGCUUGUCGAGAUACCUCGCGAGUUCUUCAGCCGUCUGGGCUCACAAGCGCACUGGCUGCGUAGCAUUGUCUUAGACCUAGAUCAGCUACAGCCCAUGAACUGCUUCAGAGGAGAAGCUCGACUAGACCAUUCUUUCGAGGCACGAGAAGCGGUGUUUGACGAGAAGCUGGAGCUUUUCGAGGUUACUCCUCUCCUGCGAGCUAUCUGGCGCCUCAAUGCUGACGUGGACGUCACCUUCACGCAGAGCUUUGGCCCUCUCAAUGUGCAUGAUAAGAAAUAUGUUCAAUAUCACGCUUCAUCGCUGACUGCUGUCAUGCGGUCUAUUCUUCAGGGUCAACUAAAGUUACGACAAUAUGGAAGGCUGGUUGCUGCUGUUGGUAUAAGACGAGAUGCAUCCGGAGGGAUUAUCAAUUGGGGUACUACAAACUACGACCUUCGUGGUGGACAUCCGCAAAGGAUCAGGGUUCUUCCUGGUCCAGAACAUAUGUCUACCUUUGUGGCGGAAGACGAUGGAUCCCGACUCAAGCUAGUGAGCAGCAAUCAAGCUAAUCUACUCGCGCUGCCUGGACGCUUACGUGAGCGCAUCUUUAAUAUGGUCGUCACCCCUGUUGAAGGAAUAUCUAUCGAUCUCGACAAGGAGACUAAGUUCAACUGUGGCUUGCUGCAUACGAACCAAGAGAUCUACCAGCGCUGGAGGUCUUCAUUCCUUUACCAGAACAACUUCGUCCUUACAACAACGACAACAACGAGCGAUACGCGUACCACAUUCGAUAACUUUGACAAGUUGCGGCAGUUUCUCCGCAAGACGUACAAAUUCAUCGGCUACGGCGGCCAUGAGUCAACGACGACGAUUGGGACAGGGGGCCAUUCUCGCCGGGGGACUGGCGUAAUAUAUAUCCUCAAAUUUGACCUCAAUAGGCCAGCUACUUUGAGCGAUAUCCGCAUCAAGAUCCUUCCUUUUGUAAUGGAAACCUCAACCACAUCGCCCAGUCAGGAAGUGACAAUCCAGAUAUGGGCCCCAACACCCGGAGGAUCAUCGGCCAUGACAGCUAGCCACACCAUAACCCUCCGCAAGCUGCGACUAGAUGUCGUAAAAGCCAUUCUGGACUAUGCGUUUGCAGGACCCUACGACUGCAACCCAUAUUUACCCGACUUCUGGAUCAACGGGUUUGGAGAAGUCGUCGAGACCCUCGAUCGUUCGGGCGAGGACACGGGUAGUGCCUGGAAGCCUGCCUCUGAACUCGUGUUUAGCCCAAUAUACCACUCUGUUGUUAAUCUCCAUCCUAUCGAUCGGAAUUAUCGAGGGUGUGAGGUUAAUCCGAGGUGCGAUUUCUACGAAACAAAGCAGUUUUUCCCUUUCCGCGGCAAGACAGAGGAGGUUUUGCCGUAUCUUAUGAGUACGAUGGAGCCUUAUCCUUGGUUUUUCAAGAAGUAA